GUGUUAUUUGUGUUGAUUUGCUCGAUUUACUCCUCGCGUUUCCAUGUCACUGUCGCCUGCAUAUUAAGGAGUGUCAGAGACACCCUUACAUAGAGAAAGAUGCAGCGCUUGCAGCCGACAAUCACGUUCGCGCAAGCUUACGGCCUGCCGCGGUGUUUGUUGUGUCGGAAGCUGCGGACAGCUGCCGGGCGAAUGACCGGGGUGAUGUCGCAACAGCUCGCUCACAGUAAACAUUUGUCGUCUUGCGAAGUCGGUCUCUCUAAAGCACAAUCUCCGACGUGCGCGACUCUUGCAUCCGUCAGCGUUCCCACUUUCUCGGUUUGUAGGGCUUUUGUGACGCAUCGGAUCAUGGAAGGCACGACCAUUCACCCUCUUCAGACGGACCCCAAGGUGGUAGCGGAGAGGGAGAAGUUCUUGUCUCUUCCACUUGCUGAGAAGCGGGCAUUGUACAAGUGCGGUAGCAAGUUUGUCAUCAUUGAAGAUGUCAAUGACUGGCCAGCAUACAGUGCUGCCAAGAACAUCUCGGGAGGCGGCUCUGGAAAAUAUAAGGUUCGCCCUGACCUCAACUCCAAAGUUUCCAUAUUUGUUGGCGACAUCACAGCACUGGAAAUCGAUGCCAUUGUGAAUGCUGCAAACAACCGUCUUCUUGGAGGGGGUGGCGUGGAUGGUGCCAUCCACAGUGCAGCAGGACCCAAGCUCAAGGAAGAGUGCGCCACAUUGAACGGUUGCCCGACCGGUGAGGCCAAGAUCACUGGUGGCUACAAGCUGCCCGCCAAGUAUGUCAUUCACACAGUUGGUCCUGUUGGCGAGAACGAGGCCAAGCUGCACAGCUGCUAUCUCACUUGCCUUGAAACCCUCAAGGCACACAAGCUGCGAACAGUGGCAUUUCCAUGCAUCUCAACAGGUGUCUACGGUUAUCCAAACGAGAAAGCGGCUCAUGUGGCACUGUCAACGGCACGCGAGUGGCUAGAAGCAGAUGAGAACGCUCACAAGGUGGACAGAAUCAUUUUUUGCCUGUUCCUGGCAGUGGACGUCAGGUUGUAUGAAAAGCUGCUCCCAGAGUACUUUCCUCUUCAAGGGUAGAAGAAGAUCGUUCACUCAUCCCACCCCAAACUACUGCCUGCUUUAGAUAAUUUUUUUUCCUUUUUAUUAUCUCAAGUGCUGAUGUAUUCAUGAGAACUUUUGUUGAAUAAACUGUGGGGGAUGCAGGAAUGUCCCUGGAUCUAAGCUGCCCCUUAACUUAA